CACCAAGCAGCGUCGCGGUGUAGCCAGCACAAGCCGCUCAGCACUGCAAAAUCUCUCCAAAAAGCUGCCAGCCAUGCAGCGCGCCGCCGCCGCGGCGCUCCUCAUAGCGAUAACGCAGGCCGCCUGGGGCCCGAGGGAGGCCCUGAAACGCCACGAGGCGGAGCACGACGCGGCGCACGCCAAGGAAGCAGCCGGUGACGUCGCUCAUCUAGCGGAAGCUGUGGAAACGAGACGAGGCACCGUCGCGGCCAUCAAGAAGACCGGUGUGGACAUGUACGGGGAUAAAAAAGCCAUCGACGCCGUCAAGGACCUCCAGGCGGCCACUCGAAGGUAUCUUGCGGCGAAGUACGGGCAGGCGGAUUCCUACACUCUAGAUCUUCAAAUAAAAUUCCCGGAGAGCAUGGGCGGAGAUAGGGACGUUGUGACCAUAGAAACGGCACCUAUCUCAUUGAUGCCGCACGCCGUGCACGUCUUUCUGGACGCUGCUAUUUCGAGGAAAGGCGAGACGUGGCGGUGUGCGUUCCACCGGAACGCGGGACAUGUUUUACAAGCUUUUCUGAGGGCUCCCGGUGCGAGAGGCCUCGCGUUCCAGGAAUAUGAUGCACAAUUCCCUCAUGAACGACUGACGCUGGGUUUCGCGGGGCGACCCGGCGGCCCCGAGUUUUAUAUUAGCACGGUCGACAACGUGCGCAACCACGGACCGGGCUCUCAGGGCUCGAAGACUGAGGCCGACUCGUGCUUCGCGAAAGUUGUCAGUGGCGCGGACGUCGUAGAAAGGAUGCGCAAACAACCAGCACCAAAAGGCUUAGGUUUCGUGAACAACAAGGCCGAUUAUAUAGUUGUGGAGGACGUUCAGUUGAGGCCGCCCGCGUAAUGAUGCUAUUAAUGUA